CAUGUGACUUGCUCGUCACGGUUACGGUCAAAACACUGAGGUCUCUCAUUUCCAGCGGUGGCGGCAUAAGCUCAAUCUCCAAAUGGCUUCACCAUCAAACCAUCACCGUUGAGAAACCUCAGCUGGCUCCUGACUGGACAUAAAUAUUCAUCUGCAGCUGGGUUAUAUCUCGUAGCUUUCUUUCAAAUUUCCUCACCUGAUUUUCUGAGGUGCUUAACGCAUCCCAGACUGAGCUGCACCCUGGUGAUUCAUGGCAAUUAAAAAUGAUGUUGAGGACUGGGGUGGUGCUGGCAGCAGUGACUCUGGAGAAAGGGCGUGGCUCUUGCAGAGCCCCAGCGUGGAUUCUGUUCGGCAACCCGAGUCUGACAGGAGGAGCUCGGGGGUGUCACCAAUAGGCGCUGUUUUCAUCGUGGUGAAUGCAGCGCUGGGAGCAGGUCUACUCAAUUUUCCUGCGGCCUUCAAUAUGGCAGGAGGUGUAACUGCAGGAUUCGUGCUUCAGAUGUUUAUGCUGAUCUUCAUAAUCACCGGGCUGGUGAUCCUCGGAUACUGCUCCCUGGUCAGUAAUGAAGCUACUUACCAGGAAGUUGUUCGAGCCACUUGCGGGAAAGUCACAGGAGUUGUAUGUGAAGUAGCCAUUGCCAUCUACACAUUUGGCACAUGCAUUGCUUUCUUCAUUGUCAUCGGAGACCAGCUCGAUCGCUUGAUUGCUGCAGCGGGUCAUAAUGCAGAGGGUGAAGCCGAUCACUUCUGGUACACUAACCGCAAAUUUACCAUCUCUCUGACUGCGAUACUGGUCAUUCUUCCUCUUUCCAUCCCCAAAGAGAUUGGCUUCCAGAAGUAUGCCAGUACUCUGAGUGUGAUGGGAACCUGGUAUGUUACCAUAGUGGUCAUCAUUAAGUACUUCUGGCCGGACAAAGAGGUGACUCCGGGCUAUGUUCCUACCAGUUCUGCUUCCUGGACUGCAGUUUUUAAUGCAAUGCCCACCAUAUGCUUUGGCUUCCAGUGCCAUGUCAGCUCCGUGCCAGUGUUCAACAGCAUGAGGAGGAAAGAGAUCAGACCCUGGGGGCUUGUUGUGACCUUCAGCAUGUUAAUCUGCCUUUUUGUUUACACUGGAACAGGUGUCUGCGGCUUCCUGACAUUUGGCUCCAGCGUCAGUCAGGAUGUGUUGAUGUCGUACCCCCCCGAUGAUAUCGCCGUAGCCAUUGCGAGAGCUUUCAUCAUCGUCUGUGUGGUCACCUCCUACCCUAUUUUACACUUCUGUGGCAGGGCAGUUAUAGAGGGACUUUGGCUGCGUUUCCAAGGUGAACAGGUAGAGGUGUGUGUACGCCGUGAGAGGAGGAGGAGGAUCCUGCAGACGCUGGUGUGGUUUAUCAUCACCCUCGUCCUUGCCCUCUUCAUCCCAGACAUUGGUCGAGUGAUCUCUCUGAUCGGAGGACUGGCAGCCUGCUUCAUCUUUGUCUUCCCAGGUUUGUGUUUGAUGCAAGCCAAACUCUCAGAGACAGACGUCCGAUCUGCAAGCUGGCACGGGCUGGUGAUCUUCAGUGUCGCCAUGGUUACACUUGGAGCGUUCAUAUUCGGCCUCACCACGACGAACUCCAUCUACCAGGACGUCGUCAACUGAAGGGAAUGUUUUUCAUGAGCCAGUGCUGCUCUCAGGCCUCUGGAUGAUACAAAGCAUCUCGUGACCAAAAAAAAAACAACAACAACAAAGACAAACAUCACCUUCUCCGUACUGACAUGAAGGUCUAGAGAGUUUUGCUCAAUCGGGGGGUCACCCCGUCAUGCCGAGGGAAUUCAGACGCUUCUAACAGCAUGUUUCAUGUGUUUUACUGUGUCAUUAUUUCCAGAGGGGACACACACUCCUUACUCCCCUCUGCGGAUGUAACAAUGACACGUUCCUGUUUACAAGAGCUGGAGGACUUAAUCAGAUUGAUUAUAACAAAAGAAUUGUACCACUUUGUGUAAUUUAAUUAGCAUGUCAUAAUGUAAUUCAUGUUCAGUACUAAUUAUGUCGCUGCUAAUAGUUUGUCUACUCACCAGUGUAAAAAACAAAAACUGAAUUACGUGAUAGUUUACCACAGUAGGACAAAGCAUAUUAAAUGUAUGUAAAGGCGUAGAGUGGCAUUAAUGCAGAGCCAGGGCAGUUUGAUUAUGAGGUUUUCAAUUAUAGGGAC